GGGACGUGUAGUUCUUUGGGAGCGCCGGGCGGCAGGCGGGCGGGCGUGGUGCGGAAGGGCCCCCCUCCCCUCCGGUUGUUCCCGGCGCGGGGAGGAGCCUCAGCGGUUCCCGGGCAUCUCAGGCUCAUGCCCGUCCCAGCCCGCCCACGCCUGCAAUGGGAUGAGUCUCUGAAUCCCUUGCGGAUUAGUGUGGGCAAUCUCCCAGUGCUAGCGUCCAUGACCAAAGCAGCUGACCCCCGCUUCCGCUUGCGUUGGAAGGCCAUUCUGGCAACCACUCUGGCCCUGGUCCUUGUACUAUUGCUUCUCUGCUUCCAGCGUUCACCUUCAGCAAGCAGACCGGUUCUUCCCAAUGCUCACAACUGGAAGCUCAGUCUGCUGCCCAAUGAACGGUACAAUGACACCUACCCACUUUCACCACCCCAGCGGAUCCCAGAAGGUGUGCGCUAUCGCAUUGGACUCAUUGCUGACCUUGACACGAACUCCAAGGGUCCCAAUGAGCAUACUUGGUUCAGCUACUUGAAGAAAGGCUACCUGACACUGUCAUCCAGUGGUGACCAUGUCUCUGUUGAAUGGGAUACCCAGGACGAUAAGCUGGAAUCUCACUUGGCUGAGAAGGGACGUGGCAUGGAGCUUUCUGAACUGAUAGUCUUCAAUGGCAAGCUCUAUGCUGUGGACGAUCGCACUGGUGUGGUCUACCAGAUUGAUGGCACCAGUGUCGUACCUUGGGUGAUCUUGUCUGAUGGAGAUGGUACCAUUGGCAAGGGGUUUAAAGCAGAGUGGCUGGCAGUGAAGGAUGAGCAUCUAUACGUGGGAGGCCUUGGCAAGGAAUGGACAACGACGACAGGGGAGGUGCUGAACGAGAACCCUGAAUGGGUGAAAGUCAUUGGCUAUAAAGGCAACGUGGCUCAUGAGAACUGGGUGGCCAAUUACAAUGCACUCCGGACAGCUGCUGGGAUCAAACCCCCAGGUUACCUGAUCCAUGAAUCUGCCUCCUGGAGCGAGAGACUCCAACGCUGGUUCUUCCUGCCCCGCCGAGCCAGUCAUGGGCGCUACAAUGAGCAGGAGGAUGAGCGUCGUGGCACCAACCUCCUCCUUAGCUCCACUCCAGACUUUGCCGAUAUCACUGUGAGCCAUAUUGGGGACGUCAUUCCCACCCAUGGCUUCUCCUCUUUCAAGUUUGUCCCUGACACCGAUGACCAGAUAAUCGUGGCACUGAAGUCUGAGGAGGAUGCUGGGCAUGUGGCAACGUACAUCACUGCCUUCAUGCUAGAUGGACGUUGCCUUUUGCCGGAAACACGCGUUGGUCCUGUCAAGUAUGAGGGCAUUGAGUUUAUCUGAUGGAUAGAAUGGAUGCUUGUGAGAUGGAGCCAGCAAACUGGACAGAGGGAGCGGGCACAAGAAUUGUCCCCUGGGCUUGUUCCUCCGACUCUGGCUGAGUUGCAGAACAUGAUGGGACAGUGGAGUGCUGCCUUGGCAUAGAUUUCACCUUUAUUAAAGUAACAUUGCUCCUGCUGAUUGUAGCCUGUUUCUGUGCUGCCCUCUAGUGGUGCAGGGUGGGCAGAGCACCUGCAGCCUGGAUUCCCUUCCUUCAUUGAGCCUACAAAGGCACUAGCUUGGUUUCCUUUGCAGCUGAUUUGACUCAACAUCCAUGAGGAUCUGGCUUAAUCUUCCCUUACAAUGGUUCACCACCCAGUUUUACUAUGAUUCAUGUGUGCCUUUGCUGUUAAGGGGAGGUAUUCACCCCCAAUUGUGUGGCAAGGUUAUUUUCUGACUGUUUAUAAGGCCAUUUGCUGCCUCUUCGCUCAUUAGUUUUGAUUUUGCCUGGAUGGGAAAUUCAUUUGGUGGAACAUUCUAGGUGGGAUCUGGACUCCUGGUCCAGAAUGUGCCAGAUAACAGAUUUGGGGAAAGCUACCUUUUUGAUAGUUUAAGCUUCAAGCUCUAAUCCAAAGAAGCAUUUUUUCUAAGCUGUGUAGAAAAGAGGUAGGAGAGGAUAACAGCACAACUCAGAGCUUGUCUGAUUGGAACAAACAUUUCUUCUUUCAAAUCCCUUACAAGUGAGGCAAAAGGGUUGUUUCAAGAAGGUACUUUGUGCCAUUACUAUUCCUGAAAGUUGCAAGAGUCCACCAUAAACCAUGUUUUAUCCUGGUGCCUCUCUUUAUGAUUCUGUCUACAAAAUAUUUCAGUCACAGAACAUGUUUAGGAGCAAUUCAUCCAAAUCUGGUCUUCAUGAUCCUUCUUUUAUUUUUAUUUUAAGAGUGGGUUUGGUUUGAUUUCAGAAAGUGUGCAUCCUAUAGGAAUAUUGCAGUAUCAGUUUAUUCCAGCUGUAUUAUUCAAUGCUCCUGUGGGACAGUUUGGGUCGUGUGAACUUGGCGUAGCCCCACUCCACCCUUCUUGACAUUUUACUGUGCUUUUACAGUGGCUCUCAAAUUGUGUGCAUUUCUCACAAUAAAUUGUGAACUGUUUUCCUA